CCAUAACACCACUUCCCUGAGAGCCAGAGACCAGCACAGCUGUGGUGCCUCCCAUCCCAAGGCCAUGGUGGGAUGGACAGGAGGAGAGAAAGAGGUCGGGCAGGAGGAGCUGCAGCCAUGUCAGAGCUUUUCUCUAGCUUCUUCCUCGCACUGUCUCCGGAUCUUGUGUACUUCAACAAGGAUGAAAUCACUAAAGUUUGGGACUGUGUGUCUGAGUGCUAUCACCAAGACCUGCUGCUGAAGAAGAGAGUUGGGCUGAUGGGCCUGGGUACCAUCCACAUUAUGAAAAGACCCAUCUGGCACGGAGAAGGGGAAGGUUUCAUGGCAGACAGUCCAGAGUUUGAUCUGAACAAGCUGUUUCUGGUGGGGAAGAAGCUCCUCCAUGGGAAAAGCCCCAUGCCUGGGCUCUCCAAAGCUGACGAGUUGGUCUGUGCUGAGGUGGCCUUGCGCCUGCACAAGCCCAAAGCCACCAUCGUUAUGUGCAUCAAGGCCACGCUAAAGAUCUGUGAGUGGGCCUUGUCAAGUGGCCAGAACUUUGAAUUUGUGUUCAAGGACAUCGGCGUCCUGGUCUGCCGGGGAAAGCAUGUGGCCAUGAGGUUCUUUGAAGACUUGGUCCGAGAGGUGGCUCAGUCACAGAGCGUGGCAGACAGUUUGCUCCAGUCACCAAAUCUGAAGCCGUUAUUCAUAGCGCACACGGAAAAGGACAUUUCCCAGAUUCCUCCUGGAGGUGUCCUUGUGCUGCCGCACUUUGUGCAGGCAGAUGGGAAGUCCCAGCCACAUCCUAUAACUGUUUACCUACAAGGCACUGGCACAACACACAAAACCAACACCAAGCACCAAACAACUCCGGGGAACCUUCCCAGCCAACGCCUCCUUCUUCGUCCGAGUCUUUCUCCAAGUCGGAUACGUGAUGUGAAAGUGACAGGAAGAGAAAAGACAAAGGCUGAUGGUGGAGUGCAGAGAGGGAGUUUGCUGCCUCCAAUUGAGAACUCUGUGAAGAAGGGCAGAGCCACCAAGGAGAUGGAAGAGCCCAAAGCUGGGCUGGCAGCUCCCACCAGGCAGGGAAAACAUGUCCAGCUUCCACCCCUGGCAGAGGAGAGGAGCCUGGAGAAGGCUGCUGCAUUCUCUCCUGGAGGAUUUGAAAAGCUAAGGAAGGAGAGAGCGGCUGCUGUGGCAGGAGUGGCUGCUGCUUUGUCCCCAGAAGGGACAAAGGAGAAGAAGACACUGUCCCCUUGGAGAAUAAGACCACAGCCAAGGACCCCGCGAGCCAAGCAGGUCCUGCUAAAUCUGCAGCCAUACAAAGUAGCCCGGGAGCAGUGCACGAAGGCCUUGCAGAUGAACAAGUUACGGAAAUGGUCCAACGACGAUUCCCUCACUUCUGGAUCUAACCUGAGCUUGGUGAAGAAGCUGGAGGUCCAUGAAGAGGCAGCAACAGAACUGGGACAUGGGAGCAGCCUCAUGGCACCAUGGAAAAAGGAAUAAAGACCUAGAAAUCCA